GGAGCCGUGCUUGCGUCGGGAGCCCCCCUCUUCUCUCGGGCUCCGCUUCGCCUUCUCCGCAGCAGCCACUUCGGGAUCGGGAAGCGGAGGGGAAGGGAGAGGCAGGCGAGUCGCCGUACCCGGCCGCAGCUUCCCUCUCUCCGCCCCCGUAUACCCCUACUACCCCCCCUUCGCCGCGCACGAUGAGCUCCUCCGCUGCCGCCGCCGCCGCCAACGCGUCGCCCACGCCGACCGCCCCCGCCGACGAGGUGCGACAGACGGAGGUCGACGACAGGAUAGCGUCCCACGUGGACCCGUUCCUCGUGGAGGCGCUCGACAACCCUCGCCACCGCCUCAUGGUUUUGCGGAUGGAAUUGGAUAUACAGAAAUUUAUGCAGAAUCCUCAACUGCAUGAAUUUGAAUUCCAGCAUUUUCCAACUUCUUACCUCCGCUGUGCUGCUCAUCGUGUUGCACAACAUUAUGGUUUAGAGACUACAGUAGCAGAUAUCUUAGUAGAUGGUUCUAUUAGCAGGAUAGUUGCGAGAAAAACACCUGAAAGCAAAUAUCCAGCUAUUGUAUUAUCAGAUGUUCCCAUUAAACAAGCAAGAAAUGACCUUGAGUCUGCAGAGAAACUUACGUUUGUCAUUUGUCAAAGGCCCAAAGCUUCCCAAAAUGGCGCAUAUGGUGCUGGAGCCAAUAGUGGUGCAGUGAAAACUGUUGAAGAGAGGAUAGAUGAUUACAAUAAAGCACGGGCGCGCAUUUUCAAUGGUUCCAUUCCUGCAGAUGUUGAAGGCACAAGUGAUUUUGGAGCUUUGUCCAUUGGCAGAAAUGAACUGAUGAAUGUUGAGCAUUCUCUUGAUGAGAACAGGGUCUAUGCAAUGAACAGCCGUUCCAGGGUCGCUGUUUUUAAGGAUGCUGAAAAAGAUCGUAGUGAUCCUGACUAUGAUCGUAGUUACAAAAGGUAUGUUAGAAGUCACGUGCCUGAUUUCAGUGUGAGCCCAGGCGCCUUCAAUUUUGCUGUGCCUCAGUUUAUGCAGUAUGGUGUUGGUUAUGUGCAGUCUCCUAGCAUGCCAGGAAACCAACCUUCAGUGUAUUUUGGCCAACCUGAUUUAUCUAUGGGGUCUUCUGGAACAGCUGUGUACCCACAGUGGCAUACCCCAGCAAUGAUGUAUCCCCAUUGCUAUGACAAUCUUGGCCAUGUGAUUUCUCAGGUUCCUGUGUACCAGUCCUUCAACCAUGGAGAAACUUGAUAUGUUGAAUUUGUUAAACUUGAUAUGUUGUGUUGUCAUAUUAUAAGUGCGUCUAUUUUGGAGUCAGUUUUUCCCAUCAUCAAACUUCUGUGUAGUGUGAACUAGGUGUACAAGAAUUCCUAUUUUUAUGAGACUAUUAUGGUGCACUAUUUUACAAAUAGUGGUGCUUAUCUGGUGUUCGUUUCUCA